CAAUACAUAUUGUUGUCAUCAAUGCUUACGUUGAUACAUAAUUAAAUAAUCCAUUAAAUAUUCUUUACAUUUGAUUGAAUGGACCAUAGAUGUCUUAUUUUAAAGGUAUCACUUUGAUGAUCUAGCCCAGAGCUAAAAUGGCAAUACACGGGCAACAGUUUCAUACGCCAGAACUGAUUUAUUCCUCAACUUCAAUAUACCCAUUCUAGCCAGAACAGCAGAGUCACUUGAACAUGGCGGAAGUUGGGAAGUUUGAACCAGAGCAGGACAUUGAGAAGAAGAUUGUGGAGACGAGACAGAAGUUCAACAAUGUGUAUGUCCAAGGACAAGAAUCUGACAAAUAUGACUCCAGAGAUGUGGACAGGCUACAAAAGGAUGAUGCUCUGGUGGAGGCAUACCUGACAUGGAGACUAUACUCUGUGGACGAUGCCCUGAAGAUGAUUGAUGACAGUUUCCUGUGGAGGAAAGAAUUUAGUUUGAAUGACCUCACUGAGAGCAGCAUUCCAAAGUGGAUGUUUGAGACGGGGGCUGUCUUCCUCCACGGCUACGACAAGGAAGGCAACAAGCUCUUCUGGUUCAAAGUCAAGCUCCAUACCAAGGAUGCAAAGACCAGCAUGGACAAGAAGAAGUAUGUUGCCUUCUGGCUGGAGCGCUAUGCUAAGAGAGAGCCAGGGAUGCCACUCACUGUUGUGUUUGACAUGGCCGAUUCAGGGAUCAGCAAUAUCGACAUGGAUUUUGUGAAGUAUGUAAUUAAUUGCUUCAAAGUGUAUUAUCCAAAGUUUCUAUCCAAAAUGAUCAUUGUCGACAUGCCAUGGAUCUUGAAUGCCGCAUGGAAGAUUGUGAGGACAUGGUUAGGUCCAGAAGCCAUCAGCAAGCUCAAGUUUGCAUCUAAAAAUGAGAUCCAAACAUUUAUUGGCCCUGAAUACCUGCCUCCUCACAUGGGUGGAACGGAUCCCUUCAGAUACAGCUAUCCUCCCCUUCCUGACGAUGACUUCCAAACGCCAGUAUGUGAGAACGGACCAAUCGUCAGCGAGGACAACAAUGAGAUCAAGGACUUCGAAUCAGACAGCAAGGAGUUAGAGUCGAGCUUCAGCUCCGAGGUCGCCAUCGAGUCCAAAAAGGUGUAUUUCUCAGAGGAGAGCCUGAGCAGUCUAAAACUGGACGACAACGACAAAGGAGACAGCCGGCCGAAGGGAGCCAGGAAGCCACUGACCACAUUCAAGGCCCCUCUGCUACACGUCAGUCCAGCAGAGGAGCUGAGCUUUGGGUCCAAAGAGUCAGACAGGAAGUGUCUUAUCAUCCUCGAUAAUGUGUCCAAGAAUCAAGUGGCCUUCAAGGUACGAACCACAGCACCUGAGAAGUACAGAGUGAAGCCCAGCAACAGCUGCUGUGAUUCGGGCGCUUCUGUGGAUAUAGUGGUGUCCUUACAUGGAGGCUACCAGGCAUCUCUGCAGGACCGCUUCCUAGUUAUGGCUGCAGAGAUGGAGCAGAACGCUGGUGCUGGAUCACCAGAGCUCGUUCACUUCUGGAAGGACGUGCCCAAAACCAAGAUCAUGGAGCACAGAUUACGAUGUCACAUCCUGGAGAGCACUAAGCCCAUCCUGACCUGUGGAAGUGACAGCCCAAUGGAAGGAGGAGCCAAUGGCCACCCGGACCUGCACACGACGCUGAUGCGUGUGAUGGUGUGUAACGCCCGGCUGGAACAGAAGCUGGACCAGUAUCUGUGGGUCCAGCAGGUUCUGAUUGGUCUGGUGCUUCUUGUCAUGAUGUUUACCUUCCUGUGUCUCUACAACCUUCCUGGGACUUCCUGACCUGACAACAUGGUCUACCUCCUCCUCCCAUCUAACAUAGAGACUACAGCAGCAGAAAGCUUAACCAACAGGAAGAGGGCUGGUGUUGGACUCAGUGAUAAUUCGAGAGUAGACUCUCUUCUCUACAAGAGCUGUCGUCAUGGAGAUGGAGGGCUGCUCUGUUCCGUAGCAGUGAGCUUGUGUAGUUGCCCAGAGAGAUUCCUCAUAGUUACCUGGGUGUUGUGAGAGGUACCGUACCUAAAGAGUCUCGACACUGUGAAAUGAAAUCAAUAAUGUAUUUUUACUACUGAUCAUGGAAUUAUACAGUGCCUUCAGAAAGUAUUAUUACCCCUUGACUUAUUCCACAUUUUUUUGUGUUACAUCCUAAAUUCAAAAUGGAUUAAAACAUACAUCAUUUUCACCCAUCUACACACAAUAGCCCAU